AAGAACUUAUGUUUAAUUCUCUCUUUUAAUUGAAGAGGAAAAGUGAUGCUCGGUACGGAGGCGCUGGGAGGCUGUGUGCGUGUGAACUGGUGUGCUCCCUUGGUGAAGGCAGUUUAAUGCGCUCCUUAUCCAGCAAUUUCAGAGGAUUACUUUUUCCAUAUGUGAGGGAUGGGUUCUGGGAUGCUGGACUGGAGGUUGUCUUGUCUCCUGGUGCAGGCAGCGGUUCUGCUCCUGCUCAGCGAGGGGGAGAAGAUGUGCCCCGCCAGUUGCCGCUGCGAAGGCAAAAUUGUCUACUGCGAGUCGGGAAUCUUCCAGGACGUGCCCGAGAACAUCACAGUUAACUGCCAGGGCCUUUCUCUGCGCUACAACAACCUCCUGGGGCUGCUGCCGUACCAGUUCGCCCACCUCAACCAACUCAUCUGGCUGUACCUGGACCACAACUCCAUCAGCGCUGUGGAUGCUUUGGCGUUUCAUGGCGUCCGAAGGCUCAAGGAACUCAUACUAAGUUCCAACAAAAUAAGCCAUCUUCAUAACAAUACCUUCAGUGCAAUUCCUAAUCUACGAAAUCUGGACCUAUCCUACAACCAGCUGCAGUUCAUCCACCCAGGGCAUUUUUUUGGCCUACGAAAACUACAAAACCUGCAUCUUCGCUCCAACGGCCUCAAGCAAAUUUUUGUUCGUACGUUUUUGGAGUGUCGGAGUUUGGAGUUUCUUGACCUCGGUUACAAUCGGUUGCGGAGUCUUACGCGAACAACUUUUUUGGGUUUGUUUAAAUUAAAAGAGCUUCACUUGGAGCACAAUCAGUUCUCCCGGAUUAAUUUCUUUCUUUUUCCACGCCUCACCAACCUGCAGGCCCUUUAUCUACAGUGGAACCGCAUUCGAGCUAUCAGCCAGGGCGAGCGCUGGAUUUGGCAAAAGCUGCAAAAGUUGGAUCUUUCUGGGAAUGAGAUACAAACGCUGGACCCGGUGGUUUUUCAGUGCAUGCCUAAUUUACAGAUCCUCAAUCUAGAAUCAAAUAAACUCAGCAGCGUCCCCGUGGAGGCAGUGGCGGCUUGGACAUCUCUCACCACCAUCAGUUUGGCGGGAAACUCUUGGGACUGCAGGCCUAGCAUCUGCCCACUAAUGGUCUGGCUCCUAACCAUCCGGGACGCCAAAGAUAUAAGUAUGAUCUGCAGCGGUCCCAAGAGGGCACAGGGCGAGCGAGUGGUGGAUGCCAUAAGGAACCACUCCACGUGCCCGGACAAUGUGUUCUCUACCACUGCUCUACUUCUCCUUCACACGUCAACCGCAGCUAAAAACACCACAAGCCAGCAUCCCACAACUGUAUCCCUGGAGUUGGAUGUUCCUGAAGCUACAGUACAGAUUCUGACCCCUCCCCCUAUCUAUCAUAUAAGCACUGACAGAAAGACAACAAAAGAACCAACUACUUUUACAAGGACCACUUUACCUUUCAAUCCCGAAACCCCCACUACAUUCAUUCCUGAGAUACAUUUCGAACACAUGUCUUUCCAUAAAAUCAUUGCGGGGAGCGUGGCCCUGUUUCUGUCUGUGUCAUUGAUUCUCUUAGUUAUUUAUGUCUCGUGGAGGCGCUAUCCCAACACCAUGAGGCAGCUGCAGCAGCACUCUGUCAACCAUAAGAAGAGGAAAAAGACCCGCAAGCAAGAGCAGGACCUAAACUCACAACUUCAGGAAUAUUAUCUGAGCUACCAUUCCAACUCGGAGACGAUGGACUCUCUGGUGAAUGAGGUACGGCCUUGCACAUGCACCAUAUCGGGAUCCAUAGAGUGUGAGGUCUGAGAGAACACUCAUUCAGCUUCUAAGAGAAGUGCAGUUGCCCGGCAGAGGUGUCUAAAUGAUGUUUUCCGUGAGUUGAAAUGCUUUUUAUCUCUUAAUACACGGUGAUGGAUUUUUACAGAGCUGAAAGAAGUACUUGGGGGCAUUGUGCGAUAUAAUUACGUGCAUGGAAAGAAAGAAGAGGAGGGAUGAGAUGGGCAUAGAGAUAUAUUUGGAGCGGGGCUAAUUAUUGCACGGACUGACACAGGAACGCUGACGGGGUCAUGCAGGUUGGCCGUGGAAGAGGAGAGGUAAUGACUGGACUUGCUACUAGGGAAAACUCACAGUGACAGAAAGACUGGUCCACUGUUGUCAUUUGAUAUGGUCUUUAUCCAACAAAGGCAAUUUAUACACCGAUUUUAAUUUAUACUGUAUGCCACUGGGGGAGUAUGGGAGCAUCUUUGAGUACAUGUGUGCAUCUAUCUGUGCCAUUUAGUCAGUGCUGGUUGUGUUCCUCUUUUAAGUUGAAGUUUGUCUAAUUAUUUGGCAACAACCUGCCUUAAUGCAGAGUAUCUACAGUGGAACACAAUGAAACAAAUUGUAAUGAAAUGCAGCUAUGGUUGGAUUUGUACCUGCUGGAGUUGUUGUUUCUACACAGAGGCUACAAUAAAUUCUUGUGAAGUUUGGUCACAAGUCACAUUUUGUGGCUAUAAAAAUAACUGUUACACUAUCAAUGCACUUACAUUUUAUUACAGUUUGUUCAAACAUGUGUCACUGGUAAAUUGUUGAUAUACAUAUCAAAUCUAUUAAGUAUGUGAUACUGAUUCUUUUAUUUGAAGAACAGUUUUUGAUCCACUGCAAAUAAACAGUAAGUCAAACCCCAACACCAACACUCACACCAAAAUACACGUUGUUGCAUUAAAAAAACUAAACACAAAAUCCAUCUUUAUGUAGUGGCUAAUUUUUUUAAUUAACCAACGAAGUCAUGUAUGAAAUAAAAAGCUGAAUAGUGAAUAUGGUGGAAGAUACAAACUGUGAACAAAUUGGUAGAGAAUAAAUGUGUCCUUAAAUUUAGUAAAAAGUAAAACCCUGAAAAGCAUGAAAAAGCAGGAUUAUAACUUUUUAUAAACGAUUAAAAGCUGUACUCAAUUCACUGGUAAGAGAUUUUUUUUCUAUUAAAAAACAAUCAAGGCUGACUACAUUUUCAAAGGACCCCUCUAUACAAAGUAGUUUCAGUUUAAAGUGAAAUUUCAUUAAAAAAAAAACCCUGUGCCAUAGCCUUUGGAGCACCUUGUCCUUGCAUUAAAAUAUUUUGCAUGAAAAAAUAUGAACCUCCAGGACAUGUUUAGUUGAUAAAUACAAAUAAAUCAAGCAAAACGUUCCGGCAGGUGAGGAAAUACUUUUUAUUUAUGAUGUCACUCUAAUCCUAAGGAGACAUGUUAUGCAAAAUGUCCUUUUUUGUGUGUAAUUCAUGAAUUUUGAGCAGUCUGUUUUUCUAUAAUCAAGACGCCAUUGCUCCAAAAAUUCCAAUUUUCCCCAACCCCCAUAUGCUCCCACAGUUCUGUACUUACUUCGGCCUUCUUUUUGUUUUUUUGUCUUAAUUGCAGUGUGUUGCCAUUUUGGCUCAAAUGAAAACAAAAUAUGAACUGCAGCUUUCCAUAGGAGGGGCCGAAAGCAUUGUCCAGCAGCGAGGGACUUUUUGAUGACGUUUAAGGUGAUGUACCAUAAAGGAGCAAGUGAACAAGUCAUUUUAGAUUGAUAUUAAGAUUUUCAAAAGUCCAAAAUAUAAAAUACCAAUCGGGUAUCACACAUUAUAACUAUUUAGCAGAUAAGAGCAUAAUAUGUCUUCUUUAAUACUGGUCAGUCAUAGUAUAUUAAGACAAUAGUGCAUUUGACUGGGAUGGAUCACUGUUCAGAAACAUGUUUUGCUGUUAAAAUUUGACAAGAAAAAUUAUUCACUAAAAUAACUAAUAUUUUUGUGUCUUACAAUCCAGUUCUGAGGACCACACUUUAAUCAUCGC